GUAGUUUGAAGUGGUGGGACCAGAAGUUUUGCGAGCCAGGGCUUCAGAGAGGUCCGGGUGAGUGCAGAACCGAGGAGAAGAUGGUGAAGCAGACGAUCCAGAUUUUCGCUAGAGUGAAGCCCAGUGUCCGGAAGCAGCAACAAGGGAUUUAUUCCAUAAAUGAAGAUGAAAAAUCAACACCUAGCUUGGAAAUUAUCUUACCCCGUGAUUUGGCAGAUGGAUUUGUGAAUAAUAAGCGAGAAAACUACAGAUUUAAAUUUCAAAGGAUUUUUGAUCAGGAUGCAAACCAAGAGGCCGUUUUUGAAAACAUUGCCAAACCAGUUGCUGAAAGUGUUCUGGCAGGUUACAAUGGCACCAUUUUUGCAUAUGGGCAAACAGGCAGCGGUAAGACAUUCACCAUCACUGGUGGGGCAGAGCGUUAUAGCGACAGAGGCAUUAUCCCAAGGACACUGUCUUAUAUUUUUGAGCAGUUACAAAAGGACAGCAGCAAAAUAUAUACAAUACACAUUUCCUAUUUGGAAAUCUACAAUGAAUGUGGUUAUGAUCUGUUGGAUCCAAGACAUGAAGCCUCCAGUUUGGAAGAUUUGCCGAAAGUGACAAUAUUGGAGGACCCUGAUCAGAACAUCCACCUGAAAAACCUGUCCCUUCAUCAGGCUACCACGGAGGAAGAAGCUCUGAAUCUGCUUUUCUUAGGAGACACCAAUAGAAUGAUUGCAGAGACUCCUAUGAACCAAGCUUCAACCCGUUCCCACUGCAUUUUCACUAUUCACUUAUCAAGCAAGGAACCAGGAUCUGUGACUGUCCGACAUGCAAAACUUCAUUUGGUUGACCUGGCUGGCUCAGAGCGAGUUGCAAAGACUGGAAUAGGGGGGCAGCUCCUAACAGAGGCCAAAUACAUCAACUUGUCACUACAUUACUUAGAACAGGUUAUCAUUGCUCUUUCAGAAAAACACCGUUCACACAUUCCCUAUAGGAACUCCAUGAUGACCAGUGUCCUAAGAGACAGUUUGGGAGGCAACUGCAUGACAACUAUGAUUGCAACCCUCUCUUUAGAGAAAAGGAAUAUCGAUGAAUCUAUAUCUACCUGUAGAUUUGCACAACGAGUGGCCCUCAUAAAGAAUGAAGCUGUCCUUAAUGAAGAAAUUGAUCCUAGAUUGGUGAUAAUCCGCCUACAAAAGGAAAUCCAGGACCUGAAGGAUGAACUGGCCAUUGUCACAGGGGAGCGGAGGACAGAGGCACUCACAGAAGUGGAGCUCCUUCAGCUGGAAAAACUACUAACAUCCUUUUUGGAAGACCAGGAUCCAGAGAGUAGACUAGAAAUUGGCACUGAUAUGCGUAAAAUUCAUCACUGUUUUCAUCAUUUAAAGAAACUGCUGAAUGAUAAGAAGAUCCUUGGAAAGAGUACUGUCUCCUCUGAAAGCAAAGACCAAGACUGCCAAGAACCUUUAAAAGAGGAAGAAUAUAAAAAGUUACGAGAUAUUCUGAAGCAGAGAGAUAAUGAAAUCAAUAUUCUGGUCAAUAUGUUAAAAAAGGAAAAGAAGAAAGCUCAGGAUGCUCUUCACUUAUCAAGCACGGAUAGAUGUGAAUUUAGAUACUCACAGAGCUCACCAUUUCCUCCUGGGAACCUGGAAGAAAGUCAGAAGAACUUGCUAUUCUCAGCUCCCAGACAGACUCAGGACUUCAGCACUUUGGGAUACAGAUCCAGUUUGCUCCACAAAAAAACAGGAAUAAGAGAGGAAAUGUCAUUAGGACGCCAGGAGGCUUUUGAAAUCUUCAAGAGGGACCAUGCUGACAGUGUUACCAUCGAAGACAACAAACAGAUUCUGAAACAGAGAUUCUCUGAAGCAAAGGCCCUGGGAGAAAGUAUAAAUGAAGCAAGAAGUAAAAUUGGUCACCUGAAAGAAGAAAUCACCCAACGGCAUAUGCAGCAAGUAGCUAUAGGUAUCUCAGAAAACAUGGCUGUGCCCUCAAUGCCGGACCAGCUGGAAGAGAAGCUGCGAUCACAACUGGAGGAAGAAAAGAGAAGAUACAAAACAAUGUUCACUCGCCUGAAAGCCCUGAAAGUGGAGAUCGAGCACUUGCAGCUGCUCAUGGACAGAGCCAAGGUGAAGCUGCAGAAAGAAUUUGAAGCCUGGUGGGCAGAGGAGGCCACCAACCUGCAGGCAAACUCUCCAGCAGUAAAUUCACUUGAUCACACGAAGCCAUCACCCCAAACGCCCAAAUCCCAGCAUGAACAACCCCAGCUUCUCUCUAACAAAAGUGAUGUGAAUGUCAGGAAAAUUCUGCCCUCGCCUUGCCCUACACCACUCAACCAGGAGAAGGGAAGCACCAGCACCUCCCUGGAAAACAGCGUCCCCAAGAGGCCAACAUCGUCCAUCCCCCUCACUGGGGACAGCCAGACAGACUCUGACAUCUUGGCAUUCAUCAAGGCCAGACAGAGCAUUCUGCAGAAGAAAUAAAACCCCAAGAGACAGCAUCAGAAACGCAAUCACUGGCCCAAGGGGGUGGCCGGCCCAGAUUCUCCUAUCCUGCUUGGCAAAUCUCUAGCUCCCUCUUCCAGAUCCUCAGCUCCUUUUGUUCUUGGCCCCCAAAGGCAGCUCUCUCCUUUGCCCAGCCCUCUCCAAACAGGAAGGGCCUGCGUGAUGGUUUGGUAACUUGUCGAAUCCCUAGAAAUCUUACCCUCGUAUCUGAGUGGGGCUCUUGCCAAUGAGUUGUGGAUGUAAACACCACUUGAAGGUUCAGACCCAAAGACACUUUAAGCUACAGAGGAAAUAUGGGUGGAGUGUCAGACAACAGGAAGAAGAGAAGGUCCUUCCCAGCCUUUGUCACAGACCUGCCCCACCUCUUCCUUUGGCAGCCACUCAUCUGCCCUAGACAGGUCUCUUCUUCUCCUUACUUUCAUCUCCUUAGACACCCACAGGGCCCCUUACCCUAGCCCUGCUUUUAGUCUUAGCCUCUUCCCAAAAUUAAAGACUACUAGACAGGCUUCCACAUGUCAAAAAGGCAUCCUUGGCAGUACGGAACGGCAGACUUGGGACCUGCCCUGAAGGGCCUACCUGCAGCUUCACAGCAAACUGCAGAUGACAGUCAGAAGCUUGCACAUGGAUGGGGCACCCCAGCUAAAUGAUGGCCUUUGCCAUGUCAUCCUCACCAGUAGCAAGCAGGCACCUCGCUGGAUGGCCCGCCUGCUAACUGUUCUUUCUUCACCACCAAGGUCAGUGACAUCAGCACCAUCAACAGGGAUUUUCUGAUGGCUGAGCAACCCCAGCUCUGCCAUCAACUUGCUGGGACACCUUGAGCAUAUAACUUGCCUUCUUUCAUCCUUGGUUUCCCUGUCUUAAAAAAAGAAAAAAGGAUUUAAUGAUCUCCAAGGCCCCCUCUAUCUCCAAAAUACUCUAAUGAUAUGUUUUGGACACUGAUAGUAAUAAACAACCAAUCAAUGCACAAACACGGCUUUAGUGGGCAGCCCCCAGUGCUCAGUGCUGAGGCUCUUCCAAGGAGCAAGACAGACUCAAGGGCCCAAGACAGAGGAACAGCAAGGAACAGGUCAACAAAUAAGGUGUUUUGAGGCACUAGUAAGUGCUCUGAAGUAGGCAAAAUAUGUCAUGUUGUAAACAACAACUGGGAAGGCUGGUUUUAGCUGGUGUGGGUUGGGGAGGCCUCUGUGAAGAAGAGAAGUUUAAACAGACAGCUAGAUAGUGAGAAUGGAGCAGCCGGGCACCAUUCUGGGUGCAAGUGUCCCAAGCAGUAGGAACAGGAAGUGAAAAGCCCUGAAUGGCAAGGAGCUUUGCUUGGUGUCCGGCUGAGAGAGAGGCCAGAGUGGCAGGUGUGCAGGGAGCACCAGGAUAAACUAGAUGGAACCAGGGAAACAGGAGAGUCGGGAUGGCUCCGAGACUUUGAGCUGAGCAGCUAAGAGGAUGGUUGUGCCAUUUACUGAAAUAAGAAAGGCAGCAAGGGGUGGAUUUUGGAAGUUAGGAGCUGGAGGGAUGGAGAGUUCUGGUUGGCCCAUGCCCCUUUGACAUCCAAGCAGGGAUGGUGAGUCAGCAGCUGAACAUACGAGCUCGGAGGAGAAGUCUGGGCUAGAAAGAUGGGGAGUGGGGUGGUCAUCAUGCCUGAAUGAUGUUUAAAGCCAAGGAACUGGGUAAAAUCUCCUUUGAACAGUGUAGAUAGAGUGAUUCUGAUUGAUGAGAAUAGAUCUCAGGACACUCCAACAUUUAGAGGUAGAAGAUCCAGCAGACACCCUAAGAAGGUACAGCCACGGCAAGUGGAGGAGCAGCAGGUGAGUGCACAUGGCCUCAGGCAGGUCUCCAGAAGAAUGUUCCAAGGAGAGGCGGAUCAGCAGAUCCAGUGCAGCCUAGAGGUUGAGUGAGCAAGGGCAGAGCAUCGACCACCGACCAUUUUGCCCAUCCCAGUGGAUCUGGAUAGCACCGUUUCAGGCAGUGGCUGGGGAGGGGAAGCCCUGUUGGAGCGGUUGAGUAAAGAAUGGGAUGGGAAGAAGCAGAGACAGUGAACAGAGACAGCUCUUCCAGGAUUAGCUGGGAAGAAGAGCAGAGAAAUGGGGCUGGAGCUACAGGGGAGUAGGGAGUUCAGGGGGUGAGGAGUUUGUGUUUGUUUUGAAUGGGUACUUUUAAGACGUCUUUAUCUACUGAAGGAAAUGGUCCAGUAGAAAGAGGACAUUUGAUGAUGUGGGAAAGGGGACCGGAACUAUAGGAGAAAAUUCCUUGAGAUAGUGAGAGGGGAUGAUCCAAGACAUAAGUGGAGGGGUUGGCCUUUGGAACUGGGGGACUCCCUCCCCUGUAACAAAUUCAUAGAAACAAACCAUCAUUCCUCCCCUCAAGGAGCCUACAAGCAAUUGAUAUUUCAAAGUUAGGUUUACUCAGCUUUUGUACACAAAAUAGAGAUGUUAUUGUCCAACCCACAUGAACCCAGGGUCUGUAUCAGAAUGGCACCUUCCUGCUGACGUUGUGCCAGACGGUGCAAAGAGCUGGGCUGAGGGUGAGGCACUGUUACGAAAAUGUGUAUGGCAUAUUACCAUUCAUACAUUUUUUAUUUCAUUUGGUGCUCUCAACACUCCUGUCAGAUAGACAGAGCCAAGAUUAUGAUUCUCAUUUGACAAGUGAGGAAACUGAGGCAAACAGAGGUAGAAUAACUUGCCCAAGUUCAAGCCCAAGGCACAAGCAGGAUAAGCCAAGUCUCCUGCACUCUCUCCAAAGGGCCAAGCUGUCUUGUAAAGCUACAGCUAACCAGAUGCGCCCACUCUGCAGUCAGGAAUCUCCAUAGUAGCCUCAGGAAAAGGGACCAGCCACCAAAGGAGGGGUGGCCCUCAGCCUCCACCCUCCCUACAGUGGGGAGAGCUUUGUUCUCCAAACAAACAGCCUGGAAGAAAUUCAUCAACACAAACAAAAGUUCCAGAGUUCAAUUUUAUUCCUAAAGAAAGAAAAAAUAGUCCUGGUUUCUUAGUGACCACAGGCAAAGGAAACCGAAGGCAGUGUGAGGAGGGCAGGCCAGGCCUCUGGCACGCAGCAGAUGGCACAGGCCCUCGCCACGCAGCCCUUUAUAAGCCCACUUAUCAGGCCGCCCUGUCAGGCAAACACAGAGGCGGGGGCCCCGGCACCUUCCCAGCCAAAGCAAACACUUCUUUCUCCGCAGCCCAGGGUUCCCUCGGCUCUUAAUUUAGAGGCACUGUCGUGGGCUUCUCCAGGAGUACUCAUUACGGUGAAUUUUACUAUUAGCCUAGAAGCAAGAGCCCAGAGAGGAUGAUUUAAUGUAAGCCUCGCCAGCUUUUAAACUUCACCAAGGGCCAGAAUGAAUCCACUUGAUUUAGGAUUCAUGAAUGAGCCUACAAAUGUUUAAAUCCCUGCCAGGGGCACGUAUGGACAGGUCUAUAUCCCCCUUAAGGAGUGUUACUCAUUCUCGAUGUCAAAUUUGUCCUUCCAACAGCCAAGGAUGUUUUUUAAAUCUAAAAAACAUGAGAUUAACCCCUUUCUAGAGUGCUUUUCUGUUUUCUG